AUGACUUCCAUAUCUAUUAGCGAUUGCUCUUCAGAAAGAUACCCUUCUUCUAUCUCACCUUCUUCUAUCUCUUCUUCUAUCUCGUCUCCACCAAGCUCCUUCGGUGAUGAAGAUUCCAAAUCAACCAUUCCUGAACCUAUCUUAGAACUCUCGAUCACUUCACCACAAGAGUUACCAAUUUUACUUGACGUUAACCUACCUGAAGAUACCAUCGGUAAUGAACCAUCAAGUCCACCAAGAUUAAAUCAAAUCAUAUUACGACAUUCACCUUCAAUGUCGGUGAUCCCCAGCAAGACCACUCAAAUCAAUAGAACUCGAGCCAAUUCUCUUACUAGUACUUGUAGUCUGGCUGAAAGACGUGGUAGUAAAACUUCAGCUUAUCUUGGUACUGACGAUUUCAAGAAAAACUUUGCAUCAAAAUUGAAUUCAGUUAAAGCUCGUGAAAGAACUCAAAGUAGUGAACCAAAUAACUGGACAGGAAAAUCAAACGUUUGGAACUUUCCUUCGAUAGAGGAAACUUCACCUACUUUACCUACAGAUCGUGAUUUUUCUUUCAAUCGUCAUCAAUCUCAACAAAACAAAAUAUGUGGAUUAGCUCCUUCUGCUAUACCACCACGUGGAGAUAAACUACAUGAUAUGAUCAAUCAUCUUUUAGCAUUACCAACAGACGAAUUAGCAGCUCAAUUAGAAAUGCAUUUCAAUCGACUUGAACCAGGACGUGAUGCAGAAGAAUUAGAAGCAAGAAAUGAAGUGAUUUCAACUUUAGCCGAUCAACUUGCCAAUCAAUUAGAAUCCAAUGAUAAAUUAUUAUUCGAUUUAGGUUGUUUACGUUCAGCGCAUGCUUCAUUAUGUUCGGAAUUAGCUGAUGUGAAAGACGAAAUGGCUUCUUUGUUAUCUACUAUGAAUGGUACUACUGUCGAGAAUCAUCAAUUAUCUAAAGUUAAACUUCAAUCUGAGGAUCAAAUUAGAGAGUUAAGAAAGGCUUUAGAAGAAAGUAAGAUUGCAUUAGGUAGACUUCAACUUGAACAACAAUCGAAAGAUAGACGUCGUAGCUUACAAAAUUAUCAAGCUACACUUAAUUUAGUUUCUUCAAAUUCUUCUCAACAUCAUCAUCAUCUUGGUGGACCCAAACGUUCAGGUUCACUUCUUCUUGGUAAAGAUUUGACUAAUGGUCUUAUUCACAAAAGACUUUCAUUAAGUGACGGUAGUAAUUCAAUUUCAAAUCAAGAGAAUCAUUUCUUGAGACCUGGUUUUCUUUUCUCUAGUACUGGUAAACCUAUCAGACCACCAAGAAGUCCAGCGAGAUCUAGUACAACCUCACCUGUUUUAUCUGAAGAACCUUCCUCGAGUGGAACAAGUGAUAAAGAAGAACUAGAGUUACUCCGAUUACAAUGCACACAACUAAGAAUUGAACUCAAUGAAAGUGAGGACUCUAGAUUAGCAUCACAAGCAGCUUUAGAUGCACUCAAAACAUUCAUUUCAUCCAAUGGAACAAAUGAAGCAUCAAGUGUAAAACUACCACCAUUACCAACUGAUAUCGAAUCACCAAUUUCAAAACCACGUUGGGGUUUAUUAGCUCGUACAUUCGUCACACCUCCUUCUCCUAAUGCAGCUUUCUCUGGUUUUGGAUUAUGGGGUAAAAAACCGAGAGAAAGUGAAGAAUUACAAACUCAAGCUUUGACUAAUUUACCGGUUGCUUUUUCGGGUUCUCGUAGAGAUUGA